UUGUCAUUUUACAAUAACGCUGUACUGAUGCCCAGUUAAAAAUACUCAUAUUUACAUAAAUUUUCCUGUUUAUCUAUCAAGUUCCGUGUGUUAUCCUGUUUAUAAUAAACAGUGCAAGAUGUCCAGAGUGAAAAUAUGUCGUAUAUGCCUCUCCACUGAUGUUAAAAUGUAUGAUUAUGAUCAAUUUCAGUUGAAGAGUUUUUACGAACAGAUUAUGGCUACUAAAGUUAAUGAUAAAGCAGGUUUGCCAAAAUAUUUCUGCUAUCAGUGUGCCGCACUACUGCAUAAGUUCCACAAGUUUAAAGAGAAGUGCUAUAUAGGCCAGAAGGCUCUCAAAGAAAUCAUUUGGAAUGGUCCGCUUACAAAGAAGUCUGUCCGAAACAUAGACAGAGAAAGCAAAAACCUUCACACACCAAUCAGCAUAAUAACCAUAAACAAGAGAGUUAAAACCUGCGUAGUUAAGACCUCAGCCAAACUUAAAUUAAGUGAAAGAGUACCUCUAGAAGUAGACGUGGGCUCCUUAAGCGAUGACGGAGAUUUCGGAGACGAUAACUAUGAAGACAGCAAAGAGCAUUUAGUUGAAGAAAUAGACAUAGAGAAGAUAGACAUUAAAGAAAAUAAAGAAGAUAAUAUAGAACUGGAAAAGAUAGAAAAAGACAAACCUUUUGAAAUUGAUUUAGAAGAGAAAAUACCAACCGAAAAGAUCUUUGAAAUAGACAAAGGUUUUAGCGAUGAUGACAUGCCAAGUGAUAAUGAAAAGGUCUUUGUGGAUGACAUUAAAAUCAUCACGGAGGAUGAAGAAGAAUUUGAGGUUAAGGAGCCGGUUAAAAAGAAGAGAACGAGAAACGGUGGGAAUAGUAAAAAGAAAAAAGCUAAGGAGACUAUACCUAAAGAGAAAAAGUUUGCAGUUAAAACUACAAAGAAGGCCGAAAUGGAUCCUAAUAACUGGCUGAAAAUAAAUCUGACUGAGGAAGAGGCUGAUGCUGAGUUUAAGGCUAGAGGGCAGCACAAGAGGUACUUGAAUGCUCAGUACAAAUGUACUGAUUGUCUGAAAGGUUUUUCGAAGGAGGAUAUGUUGAAGAGGCAUACUAAAUUAAGGCAUAGUGAGUCUAACGGCCCAAUAGAGUGUCGCUUCUGUCACAUGCGGUUCAAAUGGAAGUGUUUCCUCAACAAGCAUAUGAGACAACACUAUACCAAGUACAAAUGUCUUCGCUGUGACCUUGUGUGUCCUUUAGAAACGACUGCAUUAUUCCAUGAAGAAUAUCACAAUGGUGUUACAAGGAAAUGUGAUCAUUGUGGCGAAGAAUUCAAACAUCUAACAACGUAUUACACACACUUACGCACACAUCGAAGCGAGCACGUGUGCACGUUAUGUGGCGCUUCAUUCGUCAGUGUCACUGGACUCGGCAUACAUAAGAAGAUUAAACAUGUUAAUGCUGAUUCUGAGCUACCUCAAGGCGAGGAGCAGUACUGCCAGCGCUGCGACGUGAAGUUCGAGACGCGGAAGGCGUACGAGGAGCAUCUCAUACACUCCGCCAUGCAUGUCGACGGCAUCGAAGACUUAGAAAUAAAUGCACCUAUCACUUGUAACCCCAGGAAACGCCGCCAGAAUCUCAAGAGGCUGACUCGCAUACCCACCGACUGUCAUAUUUGCGGCAAGCACUUCGCGACGCAGGCGGCGUGCCGCAAGCAUCACUUAGCGGAGCACCCGAGGACGUCAUUCUUCGCGCCCAACGAGCGACACAUCUGCGAGAUCUGCGGCAUGUCGCUGGCUCCUGGCAGCGUAUCGAGCCAUCUAAACACACAUACUCGGGAAAAACUUUACACUUGCAACACUUGCGGCCGACAGUUUAGUAGCAAGGGCGGCAUGACCACGCAUCAGCUGACCCACACGAGUGAAAAGCCAGUAGCCUGCACGUUAUGUGACAAGAGAUUCAAGCAAGUCAGCAGUAUGAAGCUACACUACCGCACCUUCCACCUCAAGGAGCCCUAUCCUAAGAGGAAUAGAAAAAAGAAAACAGACGAGCUAUCAAAGGAUGAGUACGGCCACGAGGAUUCAGACGACAAUAUGACGCUUGAUAACUUUUAUGCGCGAAAAUAUUAAUAAGUGCUACAAAUAACUGUAAGUUACUAUAUAUUAAUAAUGUAUUUAUGAACGUAUUUCUGCUAUUGAGCCUAGGUUACACCUACAUUCAUUUCACCAUUUGCCUAGCCUUUUCUAACUAUGUUGGGGUCGGAUUCCAGCAUAACUGUGACUGUGAUGCAGCCGUGAACCAGUGUUUGACUAAAUGAACAUUAAAAUGCCUCCCCUGUGCAACAUACAAUUUUAACAAUUUGUAUCUUUGUUGUUAUUAGUUGGUGAGAGAAAACAAAAUAUAGGGUGACUGGUAAAUCUGGUAAUUUUAGUGACCGAUAUUUGACCUGAUGAUUGUACUCAUGAUUACAAACAACUUUCCCAAAGAAUUAUUUUUAUUCUAAUUGGGAGAAGGCGCGGGUGCUAAGUUCAGUUUCAGGCAGCUGUUUUGCUUGCUUGUUGUAAUAAAUUAACAUUUUGCUUUUUAUUUAUUUAUUUAUUUAUGAGCAUGGAAGACUUACAGCUAAGUACAUAUAAUAGGUAAUUGUGUGACUAACUGACAGCCAAUUACAAGUCUUCACUUCUAAAACUAGUUAAACAUAAAAAAGGACAGUGGAACAAACUCAACACACUGCUUAUAACGCCUGAGCAAAAAACAAAAAAAAAAACAAUAAUUAAAAACGCAAAACCAAUAACUUUGCUACAGGAUUUUUUGAGGGAAAUGUUAAGUAUUAGAAAUUGAAUUGAAAGAUGGGAACAAUUAAUUUAUUUUUUAAAGAAAUUCAAUGCUAAACUCUUUUUCACCGAAGUCACACUUGUGUUAAAUAUGUCAAAGUCAAACUGCUUACACACCUUAUUAAAAUAUCUACACACACGCACAAAAUAAGAAUUUUGCCUGUAAUU